AUGGCUCCCUCAACCCCAGAGCCCAUCGUCAUGACGAUAGCAGACCUUAAGGAGGCCGCGUCCAGAAAGAUGGCUCCAAUGAUUCGAGAUUACUAUAAUGGAGGAUCGAUGGACCAACUUACACUGCGCGACAACGAAAGCUCCUUUAACAGAUUCAAGAUCCGACCACGGAUCUUAUCCGACGUUUCGAACAUCGACACUUCUAUCACGAUCAUGGGUCAGAAGGUGCCGCUGCCUUUUGGCUUCGCACCAGCAGCGAUGCAUUGCCUCGCACAUCCAGAUGGCGAAAAAGCGACGUCUAGAGCAGCUGCGAAGAUGGGCAUCCCCAUGGGCCUUUCGACCUAUUCUACCGUGUCACUGGAGGACGUCAGACGCGAAGGCGGCGACAAUCCGUAUGCCUUCCAGCUGAGUAUUCUCAAGGAUCGCCAAACAAGUCUGGCUUGGAUCAAGCGAGCCGAGGCUGCGGGCUACAAGGCUCUCUUCAUCACAGUCGAUGCACCGGUGCUGGGGAAGCGAAUCAAUGAGCGAUCCGGGGUGAAGUUCGAGCUACCCGAAACCAUGUCGCUCCCGAAUCUGUCGGACUCAAUGGACGCGAACAGCUUGGCCUCGGGAAAGGCCACUGUGGUCCGGUCAUACAAGCACUCCGGACGCGAUGCGAGCAACUCCUGGCAAUCGGUGAUUCCGUGGGUCAAGACCAACACGAAGCUAGAGAUCUGGCUCAAAGGAAUCUAUUGCGCCGAGGAUGUCCAGCUCGCCAUCAAGUAUGAACUCGACGGCGUCAUUGUCUCGAACCAUGGAGGCAGACAACUGGACGGCGUUCCAGCCACCAUCGAUGCCCUGCCAGAGUGCGCGGCUGCCGCAAAAGGGCGUAUCAAGGUCGGCAUUGAUGGAGGCAUUCGUCGAGGUACCGAUAUCUUCAAAGCGCUUGCUUUGGGUGCUGAUGUCUGCUUCAUGGGUCGCGUGCCACUUUGGGGUCUUGCCUACAAUGGCCAGGAGGGUGUCGAAUGGGCCAUCAAGACACUAGAAGAGGAACUCAGGACAGCCAUGGCUUUGGCUGGCUGUGCAUCGAUCAAGGAGAUUUCGAGGCAACAUCUUUCCAUCAUUGGUGCCAAUGGUUUACUUGCUCGGUUGUAG